GAUGGUGACGUUGUUUAGUUGUUGAAUCUUUUAUGAUUUAUGAUUAUUGUUAUUUGGAGUCGGGCGGCAACUCGUGACCAGGAAGAGGAAAUGUGGCGACGGGCGUCCACUGAGAAGCCACGUUGGUGCUUUCGCGUCUUCGGCCGACUUGACGACCGCCGAUGAUUGACAGUUGCAGCGUCCAAUGGCGUUAAGUCGUCAGGAAAGCCAGGCAACGGCUUCCUCCACUCACGAUUGGACGGGCCGAGCCAAUCCAAGCCUCGCGAGCUCGCGCAUGCGCGGCUUCGAGCGCCCGCCGGCUCGACCAAUGAGAGGCGGUGUUAGGGAGGCCGCCCAAUCGGGUCGCGCUGAGCGCGCCGACCCCCGCCCGCUCGCCUCUUCCCGGGCCAAUGAAAAGUGUCCUUUUCCCAACGUGUGCUUUCCGUCGCCCAAUCGGGGCGCAGAAACGAGGCGGGCCGUGCGGCGGCAAGCGCGUCAACUCUUGCGUCAAGUAUAAAGCCAAUAACGCCGCGUUCGAUCCCCGUGUCGACAAAGUAGGCAAGGAAAAGGCUACUUCAGGGUAAAUGACGACAUUGUUUGGGCGCCUCCGUCCACCCAUCGACAAGUUUUCCUCGGGCGCCCUCCCCCCCGCGCCCCCCUCGUCUCUCAUGAGCCGGCCUUCCAAAUGGAAAGGGGGCCUCGCUUCGGAAAGGCGAGCAUUUCUCUGGUGCUCCUGCUGCUGCUGCUGCUCAACGCGCUCGUCGGACUGGGGACCCUGCACACCUUGGGCCUAGUCGUCGCCGCCAAGGAGCGCCGGGCCGGGGCCGGGGCCGGCGGCGGGGAAGCCCAGCGGCGCCCGCCGGACGUCACCGUGGAGGACGCGGAGAACGCGGAGAGCGGCUGCCACGGAGAAGGACGUCGCGGGGUACGUACCCCCGCGAGGAGGUCCCUGGUGAUCAUCAGCACCCUGGACGGGCGCAUCUCGGCGCUGGACCCUCACAACCAGGGCCGCAAGCAGUGGGACCUGGACGUCGGCUCGGGGUGCCUGGUGUCCUCCAGCCUCAGCAAGCCCGAGGUGUUCGGCAGCAAGAUGGUGAUCCCGUCCCUGGACGGCGCCCUGUUCCAGUGGAACCGCGACCGCGAGAGCAUGGAGGCCGUGCCGUUCAGCGUGGAGUCCCUGCUGGAGUCGUCCUACCGCAUCGGCGACGACACCGUCCUGGUGGGCGGAAAGUCGCUCACCACCUACGGCUUGGGCGCCUUCAGCGGCAAGCUGCGCUACAUCUGCUCGGCCGUCGGCUGCAGCCGGUGGGGCGCCGACGACCCGGAGGGCGAAGACGUGCUCCUGCUUCAGAGGACCCAGAAGACGGUCCGAGCCAUCAGACCCCGCUCGGGCACUGAGAAAUGGAACUUCAGCGUGGGAAACUUCGAGCUGAAGUUCCUUCCCGAGGCGCAGUCGGCCAUCGACCUGCUGGAGGGGGAGGUGGCCAAAGGCGACCCCUGGUGGCGGGGGGAGCGGCAGAAAAUUAUCUCGGAGGACUCCCGGGAACAGGCGGGCAACGAGAAGAUCCACAACCUGGACCUGGUCAUCAAGGUCUCGGUCCCGGAUUGGAAGGUGAUGGCCUUCAGCACCGAGCCCGGCGGGCAGCUGGUCUGGGAACAUCAGUUCUGCACUCCCAUCGCCUCCGCCUGGCUGGUGGGCGGCGGAGGGAAGGUCACCCCGAUCAGUCUGUUCGACGACACGGCCUACAGCGACCAGUCGGAAACGGACGAAGAGGACGACGACGACGACGCUUCGGACAAAUCCAAAGACGCUUCCGCGUCCAGCGUUUACCUGGGGAUGUUCCAGGGACAGCUCUACCUCCAGUCCUCAGUGAGGAUCACAGAAAAGUUCCCGUCGAAAGCCAUCGGGUCCGAGAAGGACAUCAUUCCGCUUCCCACGGUCAAAUGGAAGCCACUCAUCCAUUCGCCGUCUCGGACUCCGGCCUUGGUCGGCUCCGACGAGUUUGACAAGUGUCUGAACAACGACAAGUUCUCCCAUGACGAGUACAGCAACGGCGCCUUGUCCAUCCUGCAGUAUCCCUACGACAACGGCUACUACUUCCUCUACGGCAAGCGCUACCGGGAGAAGCGGGACAGCGCCGUGAGCGUCAUCAAAAGAAGCGAGACGCAGCCCGAGAGCGGCAGGAACAAAGACCCCGUCCUGCUGCUGCCGUGGUGGAAGGAGAUCCUGGGCACCAUCGUCUUCUGCAUCAGCGCCACCACCUACAUCGUGCGCAAGUUCUUCCACCCGUCGGCGGCGGUCGGCGUAAGGCAACGUAAAGAGUCCGAGACGCAGUGCCAGACCGACAAGACCGACCUCGAGGUCGUCGAAUCCAAAGAGCCGGUCGGCGAGGAGACGUGCUCCGGCAAAUAUGUGUCCAGGUACCUGACGGACUUCGAGCCCGUGCAGUGCCUCGGCCGCGGGGGCUUCGGCGUGGUCUUCGAAGCGCGCAACAAAGUGGACGACUGCCACUACGCCAUCAAGAGGAUCCGGCUGCCCAACAGGGAGGUGGCGCGUGAGAAGGUGAUGCGGGAGGUGAAGGCGCUGGCCAAGCUGGAGCAUCCCGGCAUCAUCCGCUACUUCAACGCCUGGCAAGAAAGCCCGCCGGAGGGCUGGCAGGAGAAGAUGGACCACAGGUGGCUCCAAGACACCAGCACCACCGAGUCCCCGAUGAGCUUCGUAGACCACAUGGAGGCGCUCUCCGUCAAAGUCCCCGUGUCCAACUCGGCGUCGCCGAGCAACAGCCCGGACGCCGGCGCCGCCCGUCCGGCGGCGAUGGGCCCCAAUCAUCGCUCGCUGCUCUCGAGCGCCUCCGACCCCACCGCCUGGUCGGGCGUCAACGGAAACGCGUCCUUCGACCCUCUCCCGGGCCACGACAGCCUCGGGUCGGAACCCGACAGCCAGGCCGAGGCGGAAGACUCCAACACGCCCGACUCCUUCGAGCUGUGCCCGCCGCGCCGCCCCAGCGACUGCACCUCGUCCUCCUUCGACAUCGUCUUUGAGGACUCGGGAUGCGACCGGGACGCCGGGGUCGAAGAGGACCAGGAGGAGGACACGGCCUCCGGCGCCACCGGACCGGAACCGUCCAGCGUCGGGAAAAACACUUCGUCUUCCUCUCACAGCGGCCUGCCCGCCUCUUCCUCGCCUCCUCGGCCCAACUCGCUCACCUUGGCGCUGCCCGUCACUCCUCCCAGCCAGCGAGUGCUUUCUUCUCCCAAGGUGUACCUGUACAUCCAGAUGCAGCUGUGCCGCAAGGAGAACCUGAAGGACUGGAUGGCCCAGCGCUGCCUGCCUGAGCAGAGGGAGCGCAACCAGUGUCUGGAUAUUUUCCUCCAGAUCGCCGAGGCCGUCGACUUCCUGCACAGCAAAGGCCUCAUGCACAGGGACCUCAAGCCCUCCAACAUCUUCUUCACGGUGGACGACGUGGUGAAGGUGGGCGACCUGGGCCUGGUGACGGCCAUGGAGCACGAGGAGGACGAGCGGCGCCGGUGCGCCCUCACGCCGGCGCCGCUCCUCACGCGCCACACGGGCCAGGUGGGGACCAAGCUCUACAUGAGCCCCGAGCAGCUCUCCGGGCACUCGUACUCGCACAAAGUGGACAUCUACUCCCUGGGCCUGAUCCUGUUCGAGCUGCUCUACCCGUUUCGGACGCAGAUGGAAAGAGUGAGGACGUUGACGGAGGUCCGCUCGCUCCAGUUCCCGGAAUCCUUCUCCAAAAACAACUUCCACGAGCUAAGCAUGGUGCUCAGCAUGCUGUCGCGCAUCCCCGGCGAGCGUCCCGAGGCGGCGGACAUCACGGGCCUGCCCCUCUUCCAGGACUUGGAGCUCCCGUUCCGGCUGAGCGUGGCGCGGCAGCGCUCGCCGUUCCGGGAAGCCGAGCGACGUUCCUUCACUGGGGCUCCCGUGCUGCUUUUUCAAAGCGAGUCAGGCGCAACGAUGCGGUUCACCGUCAGUCAAGUCAAGCCGUCGUUGAUUCUUUUCCUCUGGCGUCUGCGGAGUUUCCGCUGCCUUUCGUUGGCCUCCGACAGGGAAGAAAGAACAACAACAACAGAAAAGAGAAAAUGUGAAGGCGCAGGUUGUUCUUUUUUGUCAAAAGAAAAAGUGUCCCGCACACGUUCUUUUCUGUGCAUAAAGAAUUGUAAAUAUGUUGCUUUUUAUUUAUGUUCCCAUGCUGUUGAUCAAUCCGUUUGGGGUUGGCGUUUAUUACCAAGAGAAUUUGACUUCUUACAAGUCUGACUUUAAUAAAACGGUUGAGAAAAAACAAC